UUGUCGACAUGACACCCAAACAAAUCCUUCAAAAACAUCACAUCACCACAAUAACUCCAACUUAGUCACAACAACAAGCUCCUUGUACAUUUUACUCCCACUAGUACUACCUAGCUACCUAAUUAAACUUCCUCUAUAAAUACCAAUCAAUUUCACUUUACUUUUCUAUUAUUCACAAGUUGAGUAAGUAGUACUAGUACUUUUUAUUUUCUUAUCAAAAUUUUAUUCAACAUGAAGAGGCAAAGAGGUGUGAAUGGUGUUAACAACACAAAUAAUCCUCAUCCUAAUGUUGAAGAAGUGGCAACAUUGGGGAAGAAAAAAGGAAAGAAAGAGAGUGAACAAAGGGUUGUGGUGGAGGAAAAGAGGAAGGAAAACAAAGACAUGAGUGAUGGAAAAACAACAACAACAACAACAAUUAAGGAUGGUGUGAGUAUUAAUAAUGUGAUGGGUUGGAAUUUGGAGGAUUAUAUGCCAUGGUUGGGAGGUGUGGUGGAUGAACAAAUGUCAUGGGGUUCUAAUUGGUUCCCUGAUUGGGAUAUGGACUAUAUGGGUGAAGCUUUCAAUGACCUCUAUAGUGAUGUUGUUUGGGAUGAUGAUAUUUGGAAUCUCAACAAAGAAAUUCCAAUUCCAUUACAUGGAAUGAGGUUUGAAUGGGAGUAGAUGUAGAACAUUUAAUUAGUUUUUAAACUAUCAUAUCAUUAUUAUUAAGUCUUUCAGCUUCGUUUAGUUAGCCAGGAAUUAAAAUUCCACUAAUUUCAUGUUAAUUUUAAUAUACUGCACUAGUUUAUUUUACGUUGGCUAAUUAAUUAACUUAUCAAGGCUAUCUAAUUAUAAGCAUAUUUAUUUGAGUUUGUAUCUUGUAAGACAAAGAAAAAUAUGAAACAUAUAUUUGGAAAUAGGAAAUGAAAGCUUUAUUGCAA